AUGCUGAUGAAUGAUAUAUACUUCCUUUCAAGUGUCGAGGAAGGAGCACCUGCCGCGAAACGUUAUAUAUCGCCAGAAGGCAAUGAGGUUUUCGCCCAUUAUUUAACAGAUGCUACUAAAAACUUGCCGGCACCUCUAGAAAUACAGGAUCAAAAUAUUGAUAGAGAUGAAAUAAGUUCUAAAAUGACUAGGAAAUUAAAUUUUCAUUUUAAUGACAAAUUGUACAAGAACUUAUGGGAAUUAAAUUGUGUUGAAAAGCUGAUAGAAAUAUGGUUUACGCCGGCUAAACACGCAGACUUGAGGAAAAUUACUCGACAACAAUGGGAGAGCGUCUUGAAGAUCGUCAGAUGCGAGAUCAUUUCUUUCACGCAGAGCGAGCAAGUAGACGCCUAUGUGCUAAGCGAGAGCAGCAUGUUCGUGUCGCGCCGCCGCUGGAUACUGAAGACUUGUGGCACCACCACGCCGCUGCGCUGCGUGCGCGCCGUCCUAGCGCUCGCCCGCGACACCGCCGGCCACGCGAGGGUCCACAACGUGUUCUACUCGCGCCGCGAGUUCGCCAGGCCGCAGGCCCAGCUGCAGCCGCACGACAACUUCGACUCUGAGGUGGAACUCCUGGACUCGUUCUUCGGAGACGGGCGCGCUUACAUCAUGGGCCCGGAGAAAGACUGCUGGUACCUCUACACGCUGCUGCCCCUCGAAGGCACUGUCGCGGCCCUUGAGAAGGAGCACCGCGAGGCGAGCGCCGGCUGCGAGGCCUCGGAGCCGGACCAGACCAUCGAGAUCCUCAUGUCGGAGCUGGACCCUGAGGUCAUGAGCAUCUUCACCAGGGCGCACAGCGACACGGCUGCGCAGGCCACCAAGGAGUCUGGAAUAGAUAAAAUCAUUCCAGGGAUGGUGAUAGACGACUAUCUCUUUGAUCCGUGCGGCUACUCCAUGAAUGGCGUGGCGAAGGAUGGAGAUAAAGAUUUGCCAUCAGGCUGCUACAUGACGAUCCACAUCACGCCGGAGCGGUCGUGCUCGUACGUGUCGUUCGAGUCGAACGUGCCGGUGUCCAGCUACGACGAGGUGGUGGCGCGCGUGCUGGGCGCCUUCCGGCCGGGCCGCUUCGUGCUCACCGUGUUCGCUACGCCGGACGCGCCCGGCGCCGCAGCGCCGCGCCAGCUGAAGGGCUUCCGGUCGCUGUGCGGCUACGAGCAGAAGGAGGCGCAGGCGGGCGGCCGCGCCCCCGCCGCCGCGCGCCUGCUGCGCCGCGCCGCUGCUGCGCCGCCUCGCGCGCGCGCUGCUGCCCUGCCGCCGCGCGUGACCGCCGCCGGGCGACGCGCGCGUCACGCGCCCACGCGUCACGUCACGCGCGCCACGCCGCGUCACGUCGCGUCACGUCACGUCACGUCACGCGCGCCACGCCUCCCCCACUCGCCGCCGCGAUGCGCCCCUCGGGAGGAACACAGGUUAGGCCGUAGUCCCGUUACAUCCCCCGCGCCGCGUCCGCGCACGGCGCAU